UAUUAUUUUUGUCUUUCAUGCAGGACAUGAUAGAGAGAAGAGAAUCCUGCAUCAGGACAGAUACCUAUGACCUACCUAAGCUAUUUUGCUUACAUGCUGGAAGAAUGGAUUGCUGUGGAGUGCUUGAAGAAAUAUUUUUUCCACAUAGUCAUCGUAUCAGUGACAAUUAGUGCAAUAUUAGUUUUUUUUAUAGUUCCUUUAACAAUCCUCUUUUUCAUUUACCUUACUAACCUGUUGCUUAUAAUAUAUCAGAGGAAUGGCGAGGUAAAAGCAGAUCCCUUGAGUGAUGUUUGGGAUAGUGCAAGGAAAACUGUGGCAAGCUUCUGGGAUAUAUAUGCAAGAAUAUGGCAUGGCUAUGAACUUCAUGGUGUGGAAAACCUACCAGAAGGACCAGGCAUUGUUGUUUAUUACCAUGGAGCUAUUCCGAUAGACUACCUCUACUUUUUAUCUAGGCUGUUUCUCUGGAAGAAGAGACUUUGUCUGUCAGUAGCUGAUCAUUUUGUCUUUCGUUUGCCAGGGCUCAAAUUAUUACUAGAAGUGACUGGUGUUAUGCCAGGUACAAGGGAAGAGUGUCUCAGUGCACUGAAGAAUGGGCACUUGGUGUCCAUUUCACCAGGUGGAGUUAGAGAAGCCCUGUUCAGUGAUGAAAGUUACCAACUUAUGUGGGGAAAUCGGAAAGGCUUUGCUCAGGUUGCUCUAGAUGCAAAAGUGCCCAUCAUUCCAAUGUAUACUCAAAAUGUCCGGGAGGGAUACAGGAUGUUUAAAGAACGAAGAUUUUUCAGACAAUUGUAUGAAAGUACUCGAUUGCCAUUCACUCCUCCAUAUGGAGGACUUCCAGUUAAAUUUCGCACAUAUAUAGGGGAGCCAAUACCUUAUGAUCCAAAUACAACUACAGAUGAAUUGGUUGAAAAGACGAAGACUGCAGUCCAGGCUCUAAUAAAGAAGCACCAAACAAUCCCAGGCAGCAUAUGGAAGGCUUUAUUGGACAGAUUUGAUAAACAUUGUAAAACUGAUUAGAAUACUUAAGUUUAUUUUACUGUUUUUACAGCAUGCAGUAAAAGACAAUGUCCUACAGCAACGAUGACUAAUUGAUGUUUAACCAGUUUAAUUUACAAGUUUCUAUAGUCAACAGAAGAAAACAAAGAACCUCUUGAAGAUUCCCCUAUUUAAGCUCUUUUGCUCUUCGACAAUAUUCUUGAAGUCAGGAAGAGUGGGCCUUUCAAUAAGAAAACUUACAUAUAAUGGGCAAUGCAAGUACUAAAUUUCCCAAACGGAGAUCAUGUAGCCAGUAUGUGACAGGUUCCUUAGACAAAUAUUUACAUGCAUCCGAUGGGCUCAAAAGGUUUGCCUCGUUCUGUGGGUUUUAAGAGUUGUGUUUUUAAGCCAGGUAUUAGACUCAUACAACACAGCUUAAUGGCUCAGUAUCCUUAAACGUAAGAAUCCUGCAUCCAAUAUUUUGCUCUCAUGGAGAGAAGUCUUCUAUCCCCUUGGUACAGUGGAGGGAGAGGUCCCCCUCCCUUUUUAUAAGAUGAAAAAAUCUUGCUUACUCUGGAGAAGAAAUAACAGUGACAGAAAUUCCUGAUUCAGAUUCUAACUACAGUUUGAGGAAAAAAUUAA